AUGGCGUGCAUGAGGCUUGGCUCAAAAUCUGAGGCUUUUCAUCGUGAAGGCCAGUCUUGGCAUUGCACUUCCGGGCUUCCCAGUGAUGUUACAGUCGAAAUUGGAGAAAUGUCCUUUCAUCUUCACAAGUUCCCUUUACUAUCCAGAAGUGGGCUAUUAGAUAAGAUGAUCAGAGAAUCGAACAAAAACGAUGGAUCAAUGUGCAUUUUGCAACUGGGAGACAUACCUGGAGGGGCUAAAGCAUUUGAGCUUGUAGCCAAGUUCUGUUACAGCAUUAAAAUAGAGCUUACAGCUUCAAACAUAGUAAGCCUUAGGUGUUCAGCAGAAUACCUUCAAAUGACAGAGGACUAUGGGGAGGGGAACCUCAUUGUACAGACUGAGCUUUUCCUCAAUGAAGUUUUCGCGAAUUGGACCGACACCAUUAAAGCCCUCGAAACGUGUCAAGAAGUUAUCGCGCAGGCAGAGGACCUCCACAUUGUGCCCCGAUGCAUACACUCGUUGGCCAUGAAAGCCUGCGCUGACACCACCACCACCACCACCGCCACGCUCUUUAACUGGCCAGUCGCGGGCUGCAGUGGCACCGUCAAUGCUGGUGAAGUUUGGAACGGGAUAAGCAGCGGGGGUGGGGCCGGGGGCGGGGCAACGAAGCUGCAAGUGGCGUCGUGCACGUCAGAUGAUUGGUGGUUCGAGGACGUGUGCUUCAUCAGCUUACCGUUCUUUAAGCGUUUCGUGAGAGCUGUUGAGGAUGGAGGUAUGAAGCCCGAAAACAUUGCAAGCUCCCUUGUUUACUAUGCAAAGAAAUACAUUCCCCUAAUGAACAGGCAAUCCAGCUUUAAGGAUGCCAGCCAGGCCAAGUCUAGCUCCAAAAUCUCCACACCUUCGGAGACCGACCAAAAGGCACUCCUGGAAGAAAUUGUGGGGCUACUAACGAGCCAGAAAGGGGUCGUGGAAACCCGGUUCGUGCUCAGGCUGCUUCGCACCGCUAUGAUGUUGCAGACGAGCCAGUUGUGCAGGGAAAGCUUGGAGAGACGAGUCGGGAUGCAGCUCGACCAGGCGUCACUAGACGACCUCCUCAUACCAAACAUUGGGUACUCGGUUGAAACCUUGUACGACAUCGACUGUUUCCAAAGGAUUCUCGAUCAUUUCAUGUUGAUGGACCAUCACACAUCAGCAGCGAUCGCGAUCGCUGCUGAUGAAACUCCAUUUAUCAUGGAAGAAACCACCACCACCACCACCACCCAUUCUUUAACAUCGAUAACACGGGUUGCCAAUCUGGUGGACUCAUAUCUUGCUGAGGUAGCACCAGAUGUUAACCUCAAGUUCCCCAAGUUCCAGGCCCUGGCUGCUGCAAUCCCGGAUUAUGCAAGACCACUCUCCGACGCCAUCUAUCGUGCAAUUGAUAUAUAUCUAAAGGCACAUCCUUGGCUUGCAGAUGCAGAAAGAGAGCAAAUUUGCAGACUGAUGAACUGUCAGAAGCUUUCGUUAGAGGCGAGCACACACGCAGCGCAGAACGAGAGGCUGCCUCUGAGAGUGAUCGUCCAAGUCUUGUUCUUUGAACAGCUCAGGCUGCGCACAUCCAUCUCGGGCUGGUUCUUCGUCUCCGACAACCUGGAGGGCUCGCAGAAUCAAAACGAUGAGUGCCACGAGCACUGCAAGGGAGGAGGAACAGGAAUGGAAGACAUGAGGCAUCGCGUUGCUGAUCUCGAAAAAGAGUGCCAAAACAUGAGAGAAGAGGUGCAGAAGCUGGCGAAAACUAAGAGGGGUUGGAACUUUUUUUCCAGACGAAAAUCUCAUUAUAAUUCCAGGGCAUCAAGGCAGUGCAAUGCACAACCUGCUGCACCACUUAACAGGGAACAACAGACUAACCAAAAUGGUGGCUUAGCUUAACAAUA